UCUCGAAUUCUGUCACACUCGCCGUUUCAAUUAAAAUCAAGAUGGCAUCCGAGUUCGAGUACGAGUCCGUUCUGUGUGUGAAACCAGACGUCAAUGUGUACCGAAUUCCGCCGCGGGCCUCGAACCGUGGCUACAGGGCAGCUGAUUGGAAGCUGGACACGCCUGACUGGACCGGGCGCAUGCGGGUGACCGCCAAGGGGAAGGUUGCGUACAUCAAACUGGAGGACAAGAUCUCUGGAGAGCUGUUUGCACAGGCACCAGUAGAGGAAUACCCAGGCAUUGCCGUGGAGACAGUGAGCGACUCCAGCCGUUACUUCGUCAUUCGCAUACAGGAUGACAAUGGUCGAAGUGCAUUUAUUGGCGUUGGGUUUGGAGACAGAGGCGAUUCUUUUGAUUUUAACGUAGCCCUGCAGGACCACUUCAAGUGGGUGAAGCAGGACAAUGAAAUCAGCAAACAGUCUCAGGCCCCUGAUUCUACACCAAAGCUGGAUUUAGGAUUUAAAGAGGGCCAGACCAUUACCCUCAAUAUUGGGCAAACCAAGAAGAAGGAGAAGCCCCGCCCCCAGGGCACAGGUGGCUUUGGGCUUCUUCCUCCUCCACCUGGUGGCAAGAUAGCCCCGCCACCUUCCUCUGUCUCUUCAAAUCACAACACACAGUCAGUCACUGGAAGUGGGAACACUGGCUGUUUAUUAGAGCUCGACAGCAAUAACUCCAACUCUCUGAUCCAGUCCAAUCCAAGCUCUGAUCUCUGGGGGGAUUUCUCCACUCCUGCAAGUUCACAGCAGCCAGCUCAGCAGGCUUCCACUACAAAUUGGGUCCAGUUCUGAGUCUUCUCCUGUCUCCUCCUCCUCAAGAACUCCCUUCGUCUUGAUGUCUUGGGUUAGCCCAGCAUUUGUCAUUCACAUGUAGAAAAAUCCAUAUCUGAUAUCCGUCGUACUCUUUGAAUCCUGAGGGGCCAAGCCCAAGAAUGAUGGAGCAUGGACAGAAUAAUAUGCAAAUAGUUAAAUCAGUCUUUCCCACCCUGUAAUGGUGCUACAUGGAAAAUGAAACUAUAUACAGUAAUAAUGGAAUAAAUUAUUAGACAGUAAUACAGGAUAUAGCAAAGAAGUGUGGUGGUGAAUGGUGGGAGAUUUUUUUUUUUCUUUUUCUUUUUCAAGAGCUCUAAAUAUUUCUAGUUGUAAUAUCAAUGCAGUAUGAGUUGCCUACGUUAAAAGCACUGAUAAAUUAUUUUUGACCAAAUUUGCACAUAGGCAGCAGAGUACAGUGACGGUAUAUGAAUUGGAAACAUGCCUUGAGAAGGUGUUGGUUUUGUACUCUUGAGAAAAGCACUUGAAUGUUAAUUUGCAUAAUCAGAUAUCAAUUCAAAAAUCUGCAUUAUGUGAUUUUAAAACGCAUGUGUUUACUUUGGUUUGGGGUGGCUGCUAAAUAGGUUUAAUUAAAACAAGGUUGUGGUUUUGCACACUCACAUACAAUGCUAAGUUAUUGUUUUUUUUUUUUUUUUUUUUUUGUAAAAGUUUAUGUAUACAGAAGACUGAAGCUCUGCAAAGCAUAUAUAGUAUGGACAGUUUGGUCUUCAAAUAAGUUUCAGAAGAACUGCAACAGGCUUAUUUUAUGAUAUUACGUACAAGUUAUUGCAUAUUUAUACUUGUAAAUGCUUUUAUCGGUUUACCCAAUGAUCCAUACAGUGUUGUUUAAUAGAGUAUUUUUCUGUCCUAGCUUGUAUUGCUGUGGAGCAUAGUUCCUGUGGGGGAGGCCUAUUUAGUGUUGUACUGUAUUUUUAUUUAUUUAUUUUUUUGCACAGUAAGUUGUUAAGGUUGCUAAGUGUUUAUUGUCUCAUACAUACACAAAACAUGCACUUCAAAGGAGGGAACACUGGUUUCAUUAACUACACUAACUAGAUACUCUACUCUGUCCACAGAAGUCAGAAAUGUAGUGUAUAAGGUCAACAUUCUGCAAUCUUGUUGUACAGCACAUUAUACACUUUGUCCGUGUGUCUCUAGUGUCCUUUCAGACAUACUGUAUAUGUAAAUACACUGUACUGAAUGAUAUGGUAAUGACCAUGCUGAAAAUUAAAAAUCAAAGUGG